GGCGCGCUCGGCCCGAGGCCAACGGCGGCUGUGCGGCCUCCCCCGCCUCCUCCCCCCGCCGGGCCCGCAGGGGACAGCGACACUGAGCGGGCGGCUCCGUCCCGGCGCGCUCCGCCUGCGAUAGGCAUUUUCUGAAGAUUGAAGGACCUGCUGAAGGGAUCACCUGCUUUUAAGGUUGCGAAGGUGCUAAACCAUGGCUGACUUGGAUCACAGCCUCAGCCUUGCGGAUGCUCUGACAGAGCCACCUCCUGAGAUUGAGGAGGAGGUGAAACGGGACUUCAUUGCCACGCUGGAAGCAGAGAAAUUUGACGACGUGGUUGGAGAGACGGUGGAUAAAACAGACUAUGUGCCUCUGCUGGACGAUGACGAUGCUGGGAGCCAGGAACCAAAAAGCAAAGCCCAUGCUGACAGCAUUCAGGUGGAACAUCCUUCAGCCACUGGGCCAACUGUAAUAGAAAAUGGUGACCAUGGGAUGGAAGACCACCGCCCAGUGUUCCCGGGAGAAAUCAUGGAUGAAAAGCUGUCCUAUAAGGAAUUCCUCGACCGCAACGACACGUGGGCCAUGGAUGACAGAGAGCUGUGCUUUGAGCCACAGCCUGUGUUCAAACCCAUGGAGAUGGCAGACCCCUUUGGCAUGCACCGAGGGGAGAACCUGCCAGGCCUGUCCUUUCCUCCUGACAUGAAGAAUGUGCAGCUCUUCACAGACCACGCUGACACUUCCAGAGACAUCCAUGUGCCACAUGGGUCUGUGAUGGUACCCGAGCAACCUUUCCUGGGGUCCCCCUAUUGCCCUGCAGAGGUCUUGGACCCGUCAGCCUUCAUGGGCCUCGAUUCAGCUGCAGAAUUUCUGCAAGACAAAGCAGUGCCUGAAGAUCAUUGGAUGGGAGCUCAGCAUUACGCAAAGGGACCGGAUGCCUCUUUCUUUGCUGAGCCACCAGUGUCCCCCGCAGUCCCCGGAGCAGAAGUGCUGACUGUACCGGAGUGCCCUGCAGCAGCAGCUCCUUACUUUGUUCCUACGGCGUUAGCAGCAUCCCCAGCAGAGGCCAAAGCUGCUGAGGCACCAGAAGCAGAUGCUGAGAGCGUUGUUGCCUCGGAUGCAGAGCAAGCUGGGCCCGUCCUGGUAGGGGACACGAAGCCUCCUCAUGCUGUGGAUACUGGAUCUGCUCCUCCAGCAGAAGCUGAGCCCCCCCAGGGCACGGAUGUGGGCUUUGCCCCUGCAGCAGAGUCCAAACCUCCCAGUGCUGCUGCUGCAUCCCCCCCAGUGCUGGAUGCUGCCUGGAGCCCAGCAGCAGACACUCAGCCCCGCUGCGCCGUGGAUUUGGAGUUCUCCCCAGCAGCAGAUGCAGAUCCUCACCGUGCUGUGGAUCUGACAUUUGCCCCCGCAGCUGAUGCUGAGUCUCAUCGUGCUGCAGAUUCGGAGUUUACCUUUCCAGCAGAAGUGGACCAUCUUCAUGCUAUGGAUUCCAGCACUGCUCCAGCAGUGGAUGCCAAACCUUCUCCUGUAGAUUCAAGUUUUGUCUCUGCACCAGAAGCAAAGUCUGUCUGUGCAGCUGACACUGAAAUCACUGCACUGAAAGAGCUGGUGACAUCCAAGCCCUCUGCUGAGCAUGACAAGUCCCCCUCCCACGAAGCUCCUGCAGAAACAACUGCAAGCAUGGAACAAGAACCAAAAGCCCCCGAAGGUUAUGUUGAUGUUUCAUUAGAGAAAGCGAAGGACAGCUCACCGUCUGCCAGCCACCAUGCUGAGCACCUUCCAGCACCAACCAACCAUCUCCCAGAACCCACAGUUCCAGUAGAAACAAAAGAAGACACAGCACUAGAAAACAAAGAGCUCCCUUCAGAGCAGUGCGUUACUGCUGUGGAUGUCCCUGCAAUGGAGCAGCAGAAGGAGGAGACUGAGCAGAACCACAUCCAGCACACGGAGCCCCCGCAAGAAGCAGCCCUGCAAGAGCCUGCAGGUCCGCCUCCUGCACAAACGAGGCAAGCUAACAAACCGAGCGGCCGCGGGGUUGGCCGAGCACAGCCUGCCCUGCUGCCCACUGCAGAUGGAGCAGAGGAGCGUCCCGUAGGUCCCCCUCCGCAGAAGAGCUCUGAGCCUGGAGCAGAGCAGUGCUGUGCUGCAGAGCUGCCGCGCGCUGCCGGAGCUGCCCUGCACAGCACAUCUGCACCCAGGAGGGCAGCAGAGCCUCUCCCAGAGCUCACGCAGAGCUGCAGAGAUGCGCCGCGGGAGAGCUGGGAUAUGGAAGGUGCUCUGGCUAUGGGCAAGAAAAAGAAAAAGAAACCGAAACAAAGGAGAAACCAGCUGCCGAGAGCCGUGGAGUUCUGGGAUGAGAACACGGCAGUCUGCAGAGCUCCUAAGAGUUCUCCGUUGGCUGUUGAGUUGCAAAAAGCAGCUGUUGGGCCCAGCGUGCAUGCAGAGCUGUUGGUUGCCUCAGGAAACAGAGCUUCAGACGUGCCAAAGGAUGCUGCAGUAAUAACUGGGAGUCACAUCGCGGAUGAUCCAAGCGGCCGUGUAAUGCCAGCGCUGGGCACCAGGAGCAGCGCGCCGUUCAAAUCGGAGAAAAAUAGAGACAUCAUGAGAGCAGAGGAAAUGGGAGGUGACAGCUCGAUGGUGCAAUGCGAAGGGAAAGGAAAGGUGCCCUCAGAGCAGAGAGGAGUGGCUGAGGUGGGGGAGCCCAUAGCAGCAGAGGUGCCAGCCAUGUCUGUGGGAAGGUUUCCUGAUAGAAAUGGGAAGAGGGAGGGCAGGGAGCCAGCGUGGGCUGACCUGAAGGCAUCUCCUUCUGCAGCCAUCGAUAUAAGCAAGGUAGAAACUCCUGCAGAGAUGAAACCUUCCCAGAUUCUCCCUUCUGAUAAAGGUAAGGAUGCUAAGGGUGUACCUCCCAAGCACAAAGCACCCGGUGACAGCAGCUGCGAGCUUCAGGCUCCCAGUGGGUCACUGGGAGAAGCAGCACUGGAGAGUGGUGAGCUAAACAAAGAGCUGAGCAAUGGAUCCUUCCGAGCACCUCCUCCAGCCCCAUCCAGCCUGCUUCCCGACAAGCCAAGGGCAGCAGAUGGAGCUAAGCUGGCAUCCCCCAGUGAGCACGGGGCCGUUGGCUUAAGUGCUUCUGAGGGAGUAUUGAAGACCCCAGAUACCACCCAAGUGUCUGUUAUGCCAUUAAUGGCUCAGAACCCUGAGGAAGGCAUCGCUCUGCAGAACAGGAAGGCUGAUGGUUCUGCUGAGCUGCCAGCUCAAAUGGAAGGCAGAGCUGCUCCUGCUGAGGCAGCACGCAGAGGUACAGCAGUGUAUUCCCCUGACAGAAACAAAGGGAAUGGGUUUAUUGCAGGGGAGCAGCAGACUGGAAGAGACCUCGGUGUUGCACACGGGAUGGACAGACCUAAAAAAAAGCGCAGUGAAGGGAAAGGCAGAAAAGUGAGAGGAUUCUCUGAGCUGGGUCUGGAGGAUGCGGGCGCUGAUGGAGUGAGGAUGGGGGAGGUGAUGAGGGAAAGGCCUUUCCCUGAUAGAGGCAGGGAGGGAGGUUAUUCUGCCAGGGAACACUCAUCAGCAGACAAGCCCAAAAAGAGGGGUAGUGAUGGGAGGAGUAAAAAAGGAGAAAAAAGCUUUUUCCAGGAGCCUUUUGUGGAGGGUAAGAUGGGCAUUAAUAGCUCUCCUGACAGAGCUGGUACAGCUCAGGAGGUCAGCAGUGAGAGGGGCUGUGUCACUGCUGUGUGCUUCCAGGAGAACACAUUGGAUGUAACUGCAGCACAAAGACCCAUUGAGAGAGUAACAGAGGAGCCCAGAGAAAAUGCUGGGAAAUGGGAGAUGGCUGAGCUGGGGGCUUUGGGCCAACAGUUCCUUCCAGCGGGUAGGAGAGAUGAUACAAAGCAUCUCGCCGUGGCUGACACCAUCAGCACAACAAAGGAGGUCAAUGUUGUGGGUGAGGGCAGAGAGGCUGGAGAUGCUUCUCCAGGUGGAUUGGUUGGGAUGGGUUCUGAUGCAGACAAACGUAGGAAAAGGAGUAGUGAUGGGAAAAGGAAAAGGAGUGAGAAAGGUCCUUCUGGGCUGACAGCUGUCCUGGACACCGGGGUGGGAGCUCUUCCAAGCAAAGAGAAGAGCAAUGGAGAAAUGAAGGAAAUGGCCUCUGGGAAGGAGAAGGUGCCUGGUUCUGAAAGAGGAAUUUUGCUGGAGAACGUGACAGCUGUAACAAAGGAGGUGUUGGAAAAGCCUAAAGGAGAGGGUAGAAGUUCCUCUCAUCAGCCAGCUCUUUCAGGCCAUAAAACAGAGCCAGAAAUAGGCAGUGCUAAUGAAACAUGGCCCAGUGCUAAGUGUAAGGAGACAGAUGUUCAUACAGCAGAGCACAGGGCAGACACGGGGAUGGCAGGUGGUCCCACCACGGAGAUGGAGGCAGACAGACAUGAGGAAAAAGGCAGAGGGGUGAAAGGCAGAGAGGCUGAGGGUGGCCGUGGGCAGUCUGUAGCACCAGGUCUGGGUAUAAUCCCUGCUGUGGGUGGAGAGGUGGGAAAUGCUCAACAAAUUCAGUCUAAAGAGAACAAUUUCAGUGCUUCAGUAAGUCUGCUAGGUGACACAAGUGAUGCUACUAAAGCACAAGCUGCUGCUGUACCUCUGGAGCCAGAGAAGCUGAGCACAAGGGAUAAAGAGAGAUGCCAAGGGGCAGCAGUUGGCCCAGAGCUCCUCCUGGAGCCCAGCACAGGAGCAGAGUCGUGUCCUCCUCCUGGCAGCAGAGCAGUCAGCCUUCCUGGUGCAGAGCAUCCUGCAGAGGUGGGUCACAGCUCAGCCACUGAGAGAUCUAAAAAGAGAGGUAGCGAGGGAGGAGGUAAAAAGCCCAAAGCUGGCCCUGAGCAGCCACCCAUGGGGCCUGAGAUGGAGCUUGGGAUGGAAGAAAUGGGCUUUGUGGAUGAGAACAGAAAUAUCAGUUUCCCCAUCGGCUCUCAAAUGCUUUGGGAUAAUCAGGGAAACCACAUGGAGCCCUUGGCCUGGGGGGCACAUGGGGGGCUGCCUUCAGCUGGAGUGGCAGUGGAGGGGAGCAGCAAGGAGCCUGGAUCCAGCAAUGGGAAGGAGGUGUGCAGCCAAACGCUGCCUGUGCAUCCCACGGCUGUGGGGCACGAAGAGCCUGGGAAAGAGGGGCCAAAGAAAGGGGAGGAUGGAGCCAAAGAAACCACUGCCCAGGGCGGGUUGGAGGCGGAUGGACCGCUUUCUUCUGGUCGUUCAGCACAGCAAGGCGUUCAGUCAAGAAAGGAUGAAGUUCUGCUUUCUCCUGCGGUGAAGGUGGAUGAUAGAGGGACUGAUAAAAAGCAAAGCAGUGCCAGCACUGCCUCUGCCCUUCCCCAGGAGGAGGUGGGCGCACAGCACCGCCCCACACCCGGCAGUGCCCGAGGGGUGGGGGGAGAAGGAGGGGUCCCCUCUGGGGAGAAAGGUGCUGUGGCAGUUGGGAGCGGAGCAUUGCAGGCUGCAGUGGAAGGGCUGAUGGGGAAGGACAGCGAGGGGAGCGGCGCGGGUGCAGCCAUGGAGGGCGCCCAGCACCCGUGUGGGUCGGGAGGUGAAGCGGAGGCGGCCGGUGUGGGUCUGACUGCUGCCCCAACAUCCCACACCCACCCCGAGGACGGCAGCGAUGUGCGGCGCCGAACCGCAGAAGGCGAUGCUGGAGGAGCCCACCCUGCUCAGGAAAAGGAGGGAGCUGACCCAAGGGCGGCCCCGGAGGCAAAGAAGGAGCGAGCGAAAGGCGCGGAGCAGCUGAAGGGCUACAUGAGACCCACCAAGGCCAGAGGGCUGCCCGCGCUGCCGGCCCGGCCCGCUGCUCCGGAGGGGGAGAAGCAGAGGCAGCUGAGAGGCAGCGCUGUGAGCCGGCCCAGGCAAGGCAAAGCAAAACCAGAGGAGCCCAAAGCAGCCGACGCCGUGACAGGGAACGACAUCACAGCACCCCCCAACAAGGAGCUGCCCCCCAGCCCCGAGAAGAAGACAAAGCCUGCAGCAUCCACACCAGCAGCAAAGCCCACGGCAACGAAAGCCAGGCCCGCGGCCGCCACCAGCCCCAAACGGCCGGCCUCUGCCACUCCCGGCCCCCACAAAAAGCCCACCAGCCCCACGGCGGGCCCUCCUGCCACCACCACUCCCAAGCGCCCGGCCAGCAGCGCCACGCGGCCCUCCACCCUCACUCCAAAAGAGAUUAAGCCAAAGGUCACAGAUGCAAAGAGCCCGGAUAAGAGGACCUCGCUCUCAAAGCCUCCAUCAUCUGCUGCUCCUCGUGCUGCUGCCAGGAGCACCGCCGCCACUCCUCGGACAACGGCCACCUCCCCUGUGACUGCAGCUGCUGGGGCAAAGAGCACCACUGCCUCCCCACCCAAGAGGCCAACAUCCAUCAAGACGGAUGCAAAGCCUGUGGAUGCCAAGAAGAGCACUGCGAAGUCCCCGUCAGCAGACCUGGCCCGCCCUAAGAGCGCUGCUGGAAGCGCUGUGAAGAGCAGCUCCACCACCCCCACCACCACCAGCACCGCCGGCACCACCAGCACCGCAGCCGUGCCCGGCGCAGCCGCCAGCCGCCCCAAACCCAAACCUGCAGCAGCCAAACCCACCACCACCGCCAGCGCCGCUGCGGAUGCAAAGAAACCACCUGCAAAGGCUGCGAGCAAACCCAGCGCUGCCCCCAAAGCGCUGCGCCCGACCGGCAGCGCUGCUGCUCCAGACCUGAAAAACGUGCGUUCCAAAAUCGGCUCGACGGAUAACAUCAAGCAUCAGCCUGGUGGAGGAAAGGGGAAGGUAGAGAAAAAGCCAGAAUCAACCGCUGCUGCCCGAAAGUCUGAGCCCAAUGCGGUCCCUAAAAUGGCUCCAACUAAAACAGCCGUAACAAAAGAGGGUGUCCCAAAACAGCCCAAUGGGAAAGUCCAGAUAGUCUCCAAAAAAGCGAACUACAGCCAUGUUCAGUCCAAGUGUGGUUCCAAGGACAAUAUUAAGCAUGUCCCUGGAGGUGGGAAUGUGCAGAUCCAGAACAAGAAAGUGGACCUCUCCAAAGUGUCCUCCAAGUGCGGCUCGAAAGCAAAUAUUAAGCACAAGCCAGGGGGAGGAGAUGUCAAAAUCGAGAAUCAGAAGCUGAACUUCAAGGAGAAGGCCCAAGCCAAAGUGGGUUCUCUGGACAACGUGGGACACUUGCCAGCAGGAGGAACAGUGAAGAUUGAAUCCCACAAGCUGACGUUCCGUGAGAAGGCGAAGGCGCGCACCGACCACGGAGCGGACAUCGUCGUCGCCUCCAAACCCCCCACCCUCCCCAGCAGCACCUCUGCCAGCGACAGCCCGGCCUCCCCGGCACCGCCGCAGCCGCCGGCUCUCCCCGCAGCGCUCCCGCAGCAAGGCUUGUGACCCCCCGUCCCCGCGCCCCGUAACGCAGCUUGGCUCUCUUCACGCGGCCUCCGGCUUCACGCGGGACGGGGAUGCACCUGGCCCCAUCCUUUGGCUUCUGUGGGUUUGGGGUCAGUGCUGUGCUGUCCCGGGGGGAGCGCGGCGGCGGCGGCCGAAGCCGGGCCGAGUUAAUAGGGAUAAGCUGUGAUUUCUUUCUUUUUAAGAGAACCCCCUUUUCCUCCUCGCUGCUUCAUUCCCUGACCCCAUUGACGCCGUUACCACACACAUUAGGGCUGUUUUAACUGUUGACUUUUACCUUUUAUUCUUUGUGACGACGUGUUGAUGAUUUAUCGUGCUACAAACCCACACUGAGGUUCCUUUCCUCUUUCCUUAACCAUAGCAGAGUAGGGACAUUAACCGCUGCUGCAGUGCUGCUUCUUACUGACAUAUCCAGCAGUCGUAACUUUUGUUGUUGGUUGUUUUGUUUUCUUUUUUUUUUUUAAAUAUUUUAAAAACGAUGGAGCAAAUUCAUGGGAUUAAGCCAUGUCUGAAAGCAAAAGGCGUAGGGAUGUGUUGAAGGAAAGCUUCUUGCUGAGCAGCUCAGGCAGAGCUGUGUUGGCUGCAGCUGGGCACGUUGUGUUGGUGCCAGCCCCGGUGUGCGGCGAGGUUGGGUUGGCUGUUGGUUGGAUUUUGGCUGGCUGUUGAUUGAUGGUGGUUGGCUGUUGGUUGGUUGUUGGUUGGCU